AAGGUUUGGUUUGUAGACGUUAGACUCUCUCCCUCUCAAUAUUAUGUGUUGUUUCUUGAGUUUAUUCAAAUCAUCCUAUAUAUUUUUUUUCGCCGUUGAAUUUACUAUAAUUAUGCAUGUCGAUUUGAUUCUGGAGUUGUGAUGUGAAGCUCGCAUCGUUUUUUCGAUUUUCUUUUAUUGGAAAGGGUUUCCGCUGCGAUUUGCUUCUUUGUUUCUUUUUUUGCCUUUUUCCUUUUGUUUUGUUUUCUUGAAGCGAAGGGGGUUGUAAUUCGAAUAAGAAGACGUGAUGGCUUCCAAGAGAAUCCAGAAGGAACUGAAGGACUUGCAGAAGGACCCUCCUGCUGCCUGCAGUGCUGGGCCUGUUGGCGAAGAUAUGUUCCACUGGCAAGCCACUAUUAUGGGUCCUCCAGACAGUCCUUUUGCUGGAGGAGUUUUUCUUGUGACUAUUCAUUUUCCGCCAGAUUAUCCAUUCAAACCACCAAAGGUAUCUUUCAAAACUAAGGUUUACCAUCCAAAUAUCAACAGCAAUGGUAGUAUUUGUCUGGAUAUUCUCAAGGAGCAGUGGAGCCCUGCCCUCACAAUAUCAAAGGUGCUGCUUUCUAUCUGUUCCUUGUUGACUGAUCCGAACCCAGAUGAUCCUCUUGUGCCUGAGAUUGCUCAAAUGUACAAGAGCGAUCAGGCCAAGUACGAGAAUACUGCACGAUCCUGGACUCAGAAGUAUGCUAUGGGUUGAAGUAUCUUGAUUUGGAGUUGGACUGAGUAGCAUCGUUUUCCUAUUGCCGGUGGUAGUAAUAAUAGUAGAAAAAACAACAUAUGCUGACACUAAAAGUUCUAAUCAGUUUACUAAAUCUCCUAACGUUCGAAGGUCUGAAUAGGUUUUGCUCCAUUGGAUUGCUGUCUGAUAAAUUGAUGUCUAUAAAUCGUUAGCUUUACCUAGCCAUUUGAUAUGAUUGCAAAUUGUUUAUGCCAUGAAGCUGCUGGGCAUUGUUCAUCUUCUAAUCAGUUCACUGAAUCUUUUAACGUUUGAAUGUCUGAAUAGGUUUUGCUCCAUUGGAUUAAUGUUUGCUCUCUGAUAAAUUGACAUGUUUAUAAAUUGUUUGCUGCCGGGCAUUGUAUCUCAA